AUGACAGACAGACUUACUCAGCUACAAGUGUGUUUAGAUCAAUUAGUCGAACAAUUUAAUGCUACGGUCAACUAUGUCAAUACCAAUAGUGAACCAGGGUUAUUAGAUGAAGAUCCAUCGUCGGUAUCAAAUUUAGCUGCCAAUGCACCAAUACCGGGGGUUCAACAGCAACCGUCACAAGGAAGUGGAGGAGGAAGCAAUAAGCAAACAAAUGCUGGAAAUAGUGUGUCAAACCAACCAUCAGCUAAGGCAGAAGCGGAGUCAAAUUUUGAGAAUACGAUCAAUGAACUAUCGACGGACAUAAUACUUAAGUCAAGACAAAUAACGAUGCUUAUUGACUCAUUGCCGGGGAUUGGUGUGUCUCCUGAAAGUCAAUUGAAUAUGGUGGAGGAUUUGGCGAAGCAGCUAGAAGAAGUCGAGAAAGAGAGAAUCAAAAAAAUCGAAGAGAAAGAUAAGUUGUUGAAGUGGUGUGAGUCGUUGAUAGUAGAGGUGGCGACAGGGAUCUCCGAAAGCAGAGAAUAG